AUGUGGCUUGACGAGAAUGCUGGAGGCUGCGUUCCUUCCCCUAUCUGGCCAUCUCAGAAGGAUCCCGCACAUUCCAUGGUUCAGGCUUCUCCGCAUCCUUCGGCCAUGCAGCUCCGCCCCGACAGUGGGGAGCCGACGCUGAAUAGCAGAUCGUGGAAUAUGGAUACCUACCAGUGCUGCCCCCAAUCUAUCUGCGCUUCGCUCCAGGCAGGCAAGAUUUUGACCUUGCUCAUACGCAGCUUCUUCUCGGCAUACAUACGGGCCACGUACUUCGCCCAAGCCUCCCAAAGCCUCCCAAAGCCUCCGAGCCCCCGAGCCCUGAUGUGCGGAAGUCGGCUGUCACUUUCACCAGAGCCCCAUUACCAGGACCCUGGGAUUGGCAAAACCCUAUCUGCGGCCUCGUUUGCAUUGCACAUAUCUACUUCACAAGACCCUGUCGGAGUCGGCUGUAUCUCUAUCCUGACCGUUGCAGGUCUGGGCACAUUCCAUACCUUCGGCGCUGCUAAAAACCAGGCUCUGCAAGGCUCAUGA